CAGUCGUCGGUUUUGCCAAGUAAACGUGCUUCUUACACGCGCUGUUUGUACUAUUUUUCCCCAUAUACGCAAAUACAUACACCCAUCCAAUGCGUGUGUCGGCGCGCGGCAGCGAAAAAUGUACAAUAAAUAAUACAAAUAAAAACCUUAAGCAUUGCCACAACCAAAUCCAAAUAGACGCAAAAAUUAAAAUGUCGUCUCAAUGCGACAGCAAUUGAAAUAAGCUUGCAGCGUCUAACAAAGUUUACACAACUAUGUGCAAUUAGUUAUUAUAAUUAAUACAAAAUAACAAUAGUAAAAGCCAACGUUUUUAACAACUUAUAAUAAUAGUAAUAAUAAUAAUAGAAGGAGAAGGCUAGGUCGACAACAUUUUUUGAAUGAUAUCGAUUUUCCGUUACAUCGUUAUACACACACUCUGACCGAGUUUACACAAUACGCCGCGCGCAAGCACACGCCCCUCUUGAAGCCACAGGCCACACAUCCAACCACCCCGCGCACACACACCCAGCAGGUGUUGGGUAGGGGGUGCUCGUCUUUGUUUCUCAAUGUGUGUGUGUGCUUCUUGGUCCGUUAAAGCACAGUGACAGCGGGCAAUGGUUAAUUGUUGCUUAUCGGUGGAAGCUCUGCUCUGAAAGCCCACACAUACACGCAUACAUACAUACAUCGCAAUACAUCGCAUCGCAAUAAGAAGCAUGUUUUAUUUGGCACUAAUUAAAUAGGGACGGACAAACAUUUCAGGAACACAAUUGUAAAUAGCAUCAUCAGAGAAUCUCAGAACGACAACAGCGGCGACAGCGGCGACAACAGGGCAAUCUUUUCUAACGGACAUCUAGUAGAGCUCAGCUAAGGUGUGCGUGUGUGCGUGUGCGUGAGUGUGUGUGAGUGUGAGUGUCAAGAUGGCAGCACAAAGGCAACUGAUUGUCCACUACACGCAUACAGCGGGCGCCAUUGGAUGUCUGCUGUUGUUUUUGGUCCAGACACUCGCCCAAGGCACACCGCAACAAGUGUGCCCAGAGCAGGGCGAUAUCUCGCCCUGCAUAUGCACGGUGAAGAAGAACGGACUGGAUAUACUGUGCGAGGCCACGGAUCUGGUGCAUAUCACCAAAUCGAUGGGCACCUUGAAGGGCAAAAGUCCGAUCAUAUUCUAUUUGAAGCUCCGCCACAAUAAUCUGCCCAAGCUGCAGGGUUUCGUAUUUCUGGCUCUGGACAUACGCCAUUUGACAAUACACAACAGCAGCCUGGCGGCCAUCGAGGAGAAUGCAUUGAGCUCGCUGGGCAAUGGACUCACACAGCUGGACGUGUCACUGAACCAGAUGAAAACUGUGCCGUCGCAGGCGCUGCAACAUCUGUAUCACUUGUUAAUUUUGAACUUGAAUCACAAUAAAAUCACCGUCAUACAUAACAAUGCCUUCGAAGGGCUGGACACCCUGGAGAUACUUACGCUCUAUGAGAACAAAAUAACACAGAUCGAUCCCGAAGCAUUCCGUGGCCUGGAGAAAAAACUAAAACGUUUGAAUCUGGGUGGCAACGAUCUCUCGAAUGUGCCGCAAAAGGCGCUCUCCAUAUUGGAUACACUGAAGAAACUCGAGAUACAGGAGAACAAGAUACGUACGAUCAGUGAGGGCGAUUUUGAAGGUCUACAGAAUUUGGAUUCUUUGAUAUUAGCGCAUAAUAUGAUCACAACCGUACCUGCAAAUGUAUUCUCCCACUUAAGCCUACUCAACUCGCUGGAACUGGAGGGCAAUAAGAUUAGCGUGAUUGAUAAGGAUGCGUUUAGGGGUCUUGAGGAGAAUCUUCAGUACUUGCGUCUGGGCGAUAAUAAUAUUAACGCCAUACCCAGCGAGGCACUGCGUCCGUUGCAUCGUCUGCGCCAUUUGGAUUUGCGGAACAACAAUAUCAAUGUGCUGGCCGAUGAUGCUUUUACCGGAUACGGCGAUUCGCUGACGUUUCUCAAUUUGCAGAAGAAUGACAUCAAAGUUCUGCCCAGCACUCUAUUCGAGAAUCUCAACUCGCUGGAAACGUUGAAUCUGCAGAAUAACAAGUUGCAGCGAAUACCACAAGAUACAAUGGAACCAGUCAUCGAUACGUUACGCAUAAUUGACAUUACUGACAAUCCGUUGAACUGUUCGUGCGAAUUGACCUGGUUCCCCAAGCUGUUGGAGGAUCUGAAGAACAAGGACGAUGAAAUGUCACAAAAGAAGAAGCCAUUGUGUCACAUGUCGCUGGAUAAUCGCGAGUACUUUGUGCAAGCGAUGCCCACCGAGAAGAUGCACUGCGCUGGCCUCAAUGUGAGUCCUUCACCCACCAGCGGCGGUCUCAUGCGGAUACUGCAAGUGAACAUUUUGGCCCAAAUAGCCAUGUGUAGUGUGGCAUUUCUGAGUAGCGUUUAAUAUGCAACUCCAAGCAGCAUACGCAAUCGUAUCAAUUGCAUUCACAUCCGUUUUUCCGUUUAGUUAUCCAUAUACAUGUAUAUAUAUUCAUCUAUAUAUAUAUAUAUAUAUUUAUAUGUAUGUAUAUAUAUGUAUAUAUAUACACACAUUAUUGUAUGGGUGUUCAUGAUGGAUCAUCAUCAUCAGACAUAGACGAAGUGAUACUUAUGCCCCCUUAAAAACCAAAACAAAAACCAAACCAAAACCAAAACCAAAACUAAAAUACCAAAAACCACUUUUGUACGCCUACAAACCAUUUCUGUGUUGUUGUAUUGUAUUUUUUAUUAUAGAUUAUAGUGAAUCCGUGAAUUAUGCAACUCUGGCAAUUGUUAGACUCAAUAUGCACGCAACCAACAGCAACAACAGCCCCCAAAAAACAAGCUGCAAUAUCACCCGCAAGUGCCCCAUCGAAACUGAAUACCCAAAAUGCAAAUGAUACACACCCACCUUGUUGUAUUGAUAUUAUAUUGAUGCCAAUGUGUCAGAAAUCGCGAGAGAAAGAAAAAAACACAGAAAAAGAAGUUAAGAAGUAAAGAAGUAAAGAUAAACAAAUCAUGAAUUCCAUAAAGAAUACACAAACAACAUAUACGCACUGUGGACAGUAGCCCGACAUCGUUGCUUAAAACUUAGGCAGAACCGUUGAAAAUUGAAAAUAAAAAAAUAUAUAUCGAUCAUUAAUUGUUAACGGUAUAAAUCGAUAUAAAUCGUGUUAUCGAUAGGCAUUAAAAACGUAGCUUAGACUUAAGUGAAAAGUUAAGAGAUUCAAUUUUGAAAGCAACAAAAACAAAAAACAAACAAAAAACCGAAACAUAUCAGAAACCGUGAAUUGUUACAAGUUAAGCGAUAUUAUUAUCAUUAUUAUUAUUAUUACUACCAUAAUUAUAAAGAAUUUAAAGAGCAAGAGUUUAAAUACUUACACAUACUACUACCAAAUUCUGUGUGUAUUGUGUAUAUCUAUGUACCUAUUUAUUGUGUGUAGUACUAUGUGUCGUCGUCGUCGUCUUGUCGUCGCUGUUGUGAGAUACAAUCAUUAUAAACAAUUUCUUUGUGGUUUUUUCUAUUUUACAUUUUUCUAUUCAAGUUUUUCCAAGCAGCAUAUCAAAAGGCAUGCAACCUAGUCGAAAUUUUUGCAAUAUUUAUCGAUUAUUUACCAAAGAAAUACUAAUGCUAUUUAUAUAUGUAUCUACCUAAAACAAAAACAAAAAGCACAAAAAAAAAAAGUAACAAAUGAAAAACGAAAUUGUACGCGUUCGAAUGGAAGAAGAAUAACAUUUGCAUCAAUCACCAAGAACUGAUUAUGAAAUAAGUAGUUUGUACUCUUUAUAUGCAAGCAGAAGAGAGAAGCAUGAAGCAAGAAGCGUUUAGGCGGAUCAGUUGCAGCAUCCGCAUAUACACGAUAUCAAUUAUUAUAUACAUAAUCGUUAUAUAUAUAUAUUAUACAUAUACAAUACUAUAUAUUGUAAUAUCACAACAUAUCGGGAGUGCGCCAAUAAUUGGUUGACUCGCAAAAUGCAACAAACAAAAAAAAAAAUACAAAAAACAUUUUUUACAACUACUUUUGAGCAUGUGCAACAAUUUAGAACACAAAAAAAAAAUGCAAUUUUUGAAAUUGUUUUCUUGUUUUGUUUACGAUGUUUGUGUAUGUUUCUAUGUACCUCUAUUGAAUUGUAUUUGAACUAAGUUAUACACAUAUACAUAUACCUGUUUCGUGCUAAGUAUUGUGCAUAA